UCCCGUAGGCCAAAAACCUAUACAGAAAUCUCUACGGGAAAAACUCACGUCACUCAGUCACAACAUACACGUCAAUAAAAGAAUAAUAACAAAUGUCAACGCAUGACUUAGAAAAUGAGUAAACUUGUAUUCCUGGAACAGAGUUACGAUGACGAAGAUUUCGACAAAGACAGCACUGACACAGAAGAAUAUUUGGACUCGUUGGCCGAUUUAAACGAUUUUAUGGAUUGCCCCUCAACAGUCUCCUGGCAAACCGAGAAACAGAAGGCCAUCGAAAGUUUAAUCGAAAAUUGUUGUGAUACUACAUCUUUUAGAGGACUUUGUUUUUCUCGUGGCGGUCUUCUGAAUGACGAUUUAAGGAAAAAUGUGUGGCCACUCAUAGCGAGAGAUAACAAAAUGUUCAUAGACAGAAUUUCAUCAGAAGAGAUUAAGCAUCAUCAGUACUACAACCAGGUGGUAAUGGAUGUCAAACGAAUUUUAAAACGCUUCCCUCCAGGUAUUAAUGAAAAUAUUCAAGCAGACCUCCAAGUAAAAGUCACAGAGCUGAUAAUAAGAGUUCUGAUAGCAAAUGAAGGUCUCCAUUACUAUCAGGGUUUUCAUGAUAUUGCCAUCACACUGUUGCUUGUAUUAGGAGAAGAGAAAAGUUACAGCGUGUUAUGCAGACUUUCCCAAUCACAUUUCCAACUGUUCAUGGGACCAGAUAUGGAGCCUACAAUGGAAAUUCUUAACUUAGUGUAUGCACUAGUCAAAAAUGAAAAUCGUGAUUUGUACAAUUAUUUGAUGAGGUCGGAGCUAGGGACAAUUUUCUGCCUUCCGUGGGCGAUUACUUGGUUUGGCCAUGUUCUCAACGAUUACGAAACUGUCGUAAGAUUGUUUGAUGUAUUUAUGUUCUCACAUCCAUGGACCUCUAUGUAUCUAUCUGCCGUCGUCGUGUUGCAUAGAGCAAGUGAUAUUUUCUUGACACCGUGCGAGAUGCCGCUUCUACAUCAAAUGCUCUCCAACGUCCCUGAUAAUCUACCAUUUGAUAGUCUUAUUACUGAAACAGAAAAGUUGAUGCGAACCUAUCCACCAGAUGUAAUGGAAAAAGUUGUCCGAGAGAUGCACGCUGAAAAUAUUCGUAAGAUUAAGGAAGAGGACGAAGAGAGGAAAAGGAGAAUGGAACAGAGAAAGGCUGCAUUACAAGGGAAACAUAAAAAAGCGGCGAUUCAACGUUGGACUCCUUGGCCUGGAUUCAGAAAUUUAAGAUCCCAAACUGCGAAGGUUGUUGCACUUAGCGUAAGCGUUGCAACAUUCGCAUUUAUUUAUAACUAUGUCAGACCGAAUAUAGAGAUAUUUUGAAGUUCCAUUUGUCAUGUAUAAAUGCUUGUCAUAUACCCAAUAAUUAAGAAAAACAGAAAAUUUCA